CCAACUGAGAAGUUUUGAGAGUAGGUUUAACCAGAAACAUCACUAUAUAUCAGUACUAGACUCCAUUGAGAAAAACAGGAAUUUUACAAAGCAGAAUACAGAAUACCACUGCCUCCAUCUGUUAGUGUGUCUGUGUUACUGUGUGACUUUCAGUGGUGGAAGAAGUAAUCAGAUACUUUACAUGAAGAAAAGUACCACACAGUAACACAGACACACUAACAGAUGGAGGCAGUGGUAUUCCAGCAGCUCCUGGUUAAAUCCCUGUUUUUAUCAAUGGAGUCUGGUAGAGAUAUAUAGAGAUGUUUCUGGUUAAACUGAAAGGAUCUUCCUCUUUAAUAAAAAGCUCUGAAGCCCAGGUUCAAAAACACCAGUUAUCCUUUAAAUAUGAAGCACAUUAAAUAUUUUUAAAACAAGUAAACAAACAAGAUUUUCUGUUUCCUCCAUGAUGUGCCAACUGUAACUGAGUCUGACCUCUGCCCUCGGUGACUCUGCAGCAGCGUGACCAAUCACACGGCCCGUAUAGCGGCCGGAGAUGAAAGUGGAUGUGUGGCUUUUUGGAGGAGGAGGGAGGAGGAGGAGGGGGAAGGAGGGGGGAGGAGGGUGUCACUCUACAGCUGUAUGCUAAUGAGGCUGAACUGAAGUCUGUCAGGAAAAUAACCGCACACACACACACACACCAUCGACAUAUGUCCUGCAAACAACCCUCAGGCUGAGAAAACACGCUGCUGGUGUCGAGAUGUAAAGUCAAAGAUUUCAGUUUGAGAGACUUUUUAAUCUCCUGGAACAUUUCUCUGGUUCGUCCAGGGUUACACACUGUUCCUGUGCUGCUCAACACUUUAUACACUGAUUUAAUCAGGUUCAAACUUCCAGUAACCUUGUUAUUGUGUUCUAAUACAGCUGCUUUGUCGAGUGUCCCUGGUGGUAAAUAGACCGUUCGUAGAGUUUAAACAAAGUUAUUAAUGUACGCACUUUAAAUUUUACACAAGGACGUUCUGGUGGUUUACAGAUGGAUUUCUUCUCUCAUGUUGGAGCUACAUCAGAUUUCACAUUCUCCAGCUUCUGUUUGAAAACAAGGCAAAUCUCCAUCUUUCACAAAGUGUUUUUCUGCGUUUCUGAGUCGUAAAGUCGUGAUUUCUGAAAAACAUCUGACAGAAUUUGUCAGAACGUUGAUUUUAUUUCAACCUGUUUCCAAAACAGAUCAACUUAAUGAACUAAAUGAGAGUUUGUAUCCUGAAAAACCAGAGAGGAGGAGGAAGCAGCGCCAUACCAGCUGGUUCACUCUGGAUUUUUACUGAUGGACACAGAGACGCUGGUAAGAUGGAGACAAAGCUGUUUUUAGUUCAGACUAAAUCAAAUCUUUAAAGCAUCUGAUUGGUUAUUGAUCAUAUAUCAGCUCUCAGUCUGGACACACCAACGCUCCUGAGACCAAAACCAAAGCUCUCAUCACCGACCCCUGUCACAUCCCGUCAUCCCUCGCGGUGGACACCAGGCCCUCGUAUCCGACUGACCCGGGUCAGAUGUGACGUACGGGAAUUGGGGUUUGAUGUUUUUUAACCCGCAGAUAAUCUCGGUUUGCCCCAUUUGGAGACACAGAAAGAGCGCACUGAUUACGCACAGCACGCGCCGGCGGUAUCUGGGGGCCAGAUUGCUUCUGGGGGCCCCGCUACCACCACACUCCCUUCUUUUUUUCAACUCUGCAAUUUCCUUUUCAAUCACGGCGGGUCUACAGCUUGCACAAGCGCUGCCAUUGUGAUGCAAAGCAGGAAACCCUCCUCUCGUUAUUAAUUAUGUAUGCGCAAAAUGACGGAUUCAUACGUCCGGAGUUAACUGUCACGCCAGCGCACAUGCUGCUCGGCCACGGUGGUUAGAAACCAUGGUUGUCUUAUUUGCUUAUUUUUUAUGUUUGUGGUCGAAUUUGAGCUCAUUGUCCGGCGCGUAAAACCGCUGCACGAGUCUGGUUUUUGUUCGGUUUUCCUGUAAAGUCUUUGUCUUUAUUUAUAAAAAUCUGAAUCCAAGGCCCUGAAACAGACGAUUAAAGAGAUUGAAGCAGGUUUGGAGAAGCUGUUCCGGCUGUUUCUCCAGGAAAAUCUGAUUUAAAUCCGUGUUCGUUUUCACUUUAGUUUCAUGUCUGAUCCUGGUUUUUACAUUCUCCUCUCGAGCUGCUUCAGUUUCACUUUGCUCUUCUCCACUUUUCCUUCCUCUUGUUUUUUCCGGACACCUCUUCUUGGACGGAUGUCUCCUCUCCUUUCUGGACAAAUCAGAGCCCCCACCACCACCACCACCACCUCCACCACCCAAAGGAGACACAUAAAGCCGAGGCACGUGUAGAUUUCUAUACAAACUCAUCAGACCGUAAAAGCAGGAGGCUCCUGGCGUGUGCCCGGGUCGAGACGAGGAGGAGGAGGGGGGAGGAGAGAGAGAGAGAGUGUGUGUGUGUGUGUGUGUGUGUGUGUGUGUAGAGGGGGGGUGAAAUACAAUAAAACCCUCAGGUACAUCUGCUUUGCAAUCUGCAAAUCCACCCCCCUCCUCUCCACCUCCCCCUCCCUCCCCUCCACCAGCCUCUCCAUCCUCCCACACCCACUCCCCAAAUCCACAGGGGCCCACGGCUCCUUCUGAUUGGUCGGGGAUGAGGCAACAAGGGGGCACGGGAACAAUGUCAUCAUGUCGCCUUAAAAAGAGUGCAGCUAUGUUGUGGUGAAAGCACCUCGGGAGGAGAACAGAGGAUCAAUAGCAGGAGGAAACAAACAACAAAAAACAGGACGCAUCAGAUGUUUCUGUCCGCGAGCGGCUGAAAGUGGAUUUGUUCUCCCCGCAGCAGCAGCAGCGUCCAAAGUGCCUUCAGCUCUCCGUCCAGCGCGAACAUGCCGAGAGGAUUUCUGGUGAAAAGGAACAAGAAAACCAACCCGGUGUCCUACCGGGUUCGGUCAGACGAGGAGGACGCGGAGCAAACAGCGGCUGAAGCUGCGCCGCUGCCGCCGCCGUCCUCCCCCUCCACCUCCUCCACCUCCUCCUCCUCCUCCGCGCCUCUCGCCUCCGUCCCGGUGCGCGCUCAGACGCCGACGCCCACCUGCGGGGCGGCGGCCACAGCCCCGGAGCAGGACGCUAAACCGGUUCAAUUUGGGAACCCGGAGGCGGUGUACCAGGCGCUCUACAGCCCCACCCGCCCCGUCAGCCAGGACCACGACCGCUCCUACUUCGAGAGACGCUUCAACCUCGGAUCGCCAGUUUCCGCGGAGUCGUUCCCCACACCAGCAGCGCUCACCGCUUUGGAUCACCUCUUCGCCCCCGUGGACCUGAAAAUCGGCUCCAGCAACAGCAGCCGCACCGACACCAGCGCCACAUCCACCGGGACGCACCCCACCGCCGCCAAACGGCCGUCCGGUGACACCGAGCGCAAAGGCAAACCGCCGUCCAAGAAAACCAAAGCUAUCCGGAAACUGCACUUUGAGGAUGAUGUCACCACAUCCCCGGUCCUCGGGCUCAAGAUUAAAGAGGCGCCGGUGGACCAGAAGCCUCCCAGACCCCAGUCCACCGGAGGAGACAACAACCCGCUGGGCGAGUUCGUCUGCCAGCUGUGCCGGGAGGCGUACGCAGACCCGUUCGCUCUGGCGCAGCACAAGUGCUCCAGGAUAGUCCGGGUCGAGUACAGGUGUCCCGAGUGCGACAAGGUGUUCAGCUGCCCGGCCAACCUCGCCUCGCACCGGCGGUGGCACAAACCGAAGCAACAGAGCGGUGCCACCGGGGCGCAAACUGCGGAGAGCGACAAGGCGACCGCGUCCGGUAAAACGGCGCCGGAUGAAGCGAAGGAUUCUAGUGACAGGGACACACCCAGCCCCGGACCGUCCGAGUCCGGCUCAGAGGAAGGGCUCUACGAUUGUAAUCACUGUGGGAAAAAGUUUAAGCGCCAAGCGUACCUGCGGAAACACCUGGCGUCGCAGCACGGCUCCCCGAAGCCGGCGGAGGAGGAGGACGCGUCGGCCUGCGAGCAGAGCGCGGCGCCGCUCAACCUGAGCUCGUCCACCUGCCACCUGUGCCCGGUCUGCGGGGAGAACUUUACCAACAGAGGCAGCCAGGAGCGGCACAUCCGCCUGCUGCACUCCUCACAGGUCUACUCGUGCAAGUACUGCCCCGCCAUCUUCUACAGCUCCCCGGGACUCACCAGACACAUCAACAAAUGCCAUCCGUCCGAGAACCGGCAGGUGAUCCUGCUGCAGAUGCCGCUGCGCCCCGCCUGCUGAUCCGGGACUUUAGGCGACUUUCACACUAUCAGAAAACAAGACCACCGAGUCCAGCCUUGUUCCUGAGAGGAUGUCAGGGUUACACUGCAAAAAAUAUCACGCUGACAGAGCAGAGCUCCUAAAAUCAAGUGAAAACAUGUGGCAGUGGUGAGGGAGAGUAAUUCUGGUCGACUUCAGUGUUUUUAAUGCAACUAUUUGUAACAAAAUCAUCAUGUUCUCAAACUGUUUUCUAUUUUAAGCAUUUUAACAGACUGAAGUUUCAUUUCACUCAACACUGCUGCAGCUUUUGUUUUAUUAUUGAUGUUAAUUUAAAAGACAAAAGCACAAAUUACAGAAGAAUCCAGUGAAAUAAUGUUGUUUGGUGUGAGUUAUUUUUGCAGUGUAACUCCUGCAGCAAACAGAAAAUGUCAAAAAAAAAAAAAAUGUAAUAAUGAUGUCUCAUUAUAAAGGUCAGAGGUCAGCCGCUCACCUGCAGCAGGCAGGGAUUCAGUGCCUUGCUUGAGGACACUUCAGCAGGUUCUGUGUGUGUGCGUGUGUGUGUGUUUGAAUCCCUCCCUCCCUUAAAGGAUCUUCGACAUCAUGUUUCAGACACUUAAAAAGCGUUAGACUGUUAAUUUAUUUUUCUAGCAUCUCUGCACAAGUGCUAUUAGCUUCUAGACCUAAGAGAGGGGGCGACCUGUAGCCGUUAAAGACCAGAAUUCACAGGCCUGAACAGACCUUAUCUCAUCACUCUGAUUAGCUUUAACAUAGCUUGUGGAUCUGUGGAUCAGUAGCUGUUGCCUAAAAACAAAAAAGAGUUAAAACUAGUGUAGCCGGUAAUGCCUUUGGAUUAGAAACUCCUGCUGUAAAACUGCCUUAAACUCAACUGAUCUGAUUGUUUUUUGAUGACUUAUUUAUCACUGGCUGGGUAUGAUACAGUUAUUUUCUACAAAGCCUUCUGUAUUACCACUAUACAGUAUAUCUAACUCAUUUUUUUCUAUUUAUUUAUGUAUUUAUUAAAUUAUUUGUGUAAAUUAUUGCUGUGUGUGGUCAAACCUGUGAUCUGUUGCUGUGUCUUUUCAUGAUGUAGCCAAAUUGUUUUUAUUUUUCUUUAACUUAUAUUAAAAUGGUGUGAGGACGGUGCGUUCAAGUGACAUUAUAGCAAUCAACGACUUCUAUCAGCCGCUCUUGAAUAAUAACUGAAUGCAAUCAUGAUUUUAUUUAUAUUGAAUUUUUCGUUAUGGUUUCUUUGUUACCCAUAGCUCUUAUACUGCUUUGGAUGUUUCUGCAGUAUUUUGCUAAAUGUCCAAAAAAUAAUAAAAACCAAACUGAGAAA